AGAUCAUUCCAUCCGGACAUCGCAGCUUCACCUAGUUACUCAGACGUUACCAAGUCAUCGUUCGUAUAUAACAAUGACUCUCAGUUCUACACAGUGGAUACUGCUGUGAUAGUGCAAGGCAACUCUUUGGGAAAGACUGGUUUGAGAUUGCGUUUGGUACGCGCAGAGAACUGGAGCGACAUCGAUGAUUCCUGGAAGGUACCCGAGAAAUUGGACGACAACCCGCGUAAUUUGUUGGAUGUAUGGGUUAGGAGAAGUAUGGAUUCGGAACGAUGGACACACAUUUUUGUGGCAUCAGUUGUGGUUUUGAUCACAUUUGCCAACAUACUUAUGGGAUGUGAGCUGGACAUGAGUGCAGUUUAUGAGACCAUAAGAAGACCUGUAGCACCAGCGAUUGGGUUCGCUGCUCAGUUUGUUAUUAUGCCUUUGCUCGCCUACGGCAUCGCAAAAACGGUGUUUGUGUCACGAGGACUAUUUUCGUUGGCUCUUGGACUGUUCAUCACAGGGUGUUCACCUGGUGGUGGGGCAUCCAAUUUUUGGACCCUACUCCUAGAUGGAAACGUGAAUCUCUCAGUUACAAUGACAUUUGUGUCAACACUCGCGUCACUAGCAAUGAUGCCAUUUUGGAUCUCAAUACUUGGAAAAGAAUUUCUGCAGGGUUUCUCGACGGAGGCUAAAAUUCAAAUUCCUUAUGCGAAAAUUACUCGCUCGCUUGUUGCUCUUGUCGUUCCACUUCUAAUCGGUAUCGCUAUAAAGAAAUGGAGACCAUUAUGGGCAGCGAAGUCACGCAAGGUAAGAUUCUUAUGA